GUUUUGCAAUGGGAUCUUGGCUCAUUGCCACUCGGAGACCAAACUUCAUCUAAAGAAUCAUUUCCAAGGCACUUAGUCAAAAUUCAAAAGGAGCCGAGACAAGACAAGCCACGGCCUCGAACUGGGUCUGUUCAACCAUGUCUGUUUGCUCCGACAAAGAAAAUGUUCGACGAGAUACCGAGGAGGAGCGUGGAAAAUCGCCCCAUUCUCCACUGACGCCUUCGGAGAAACCUGCGGUGGACUUGCAUCUACCAGUCUCUCCAACGUCGACAGCAGACGUGUAUCUGAUACUGAACGAGAGCCUUCUCAGGCCGCAGCCACUUGGACGAAACAUGUCGAACUUCUCGUUAGAUCCCACUUUCCUAGACACUGAUUCCAUAUUUCUCGAUGACGAAUGUUCCCUGUCUCUUGACAGCACGGAUGACGAGCGAGAAGAGGAAGAAGAACUCCUUGGGCUAUCGUUUGUGGAGGAGGAUGAGAAAGCACCUUCGGCGAAGAAACGGGUGGUUGGAAACGGGCAGACCAAUUCAGGCGGAAACGCGGAAGCAGCCAACUCUCUAGGAAGAUUCAAAUAUGAGUUUUGAGGGUGCGAACAUCACCAGAUAGAUGCUUGGGACUUUGGCCAAUCCUUGAGGCGGCCAAAGCGCAGUUUCACGACGUUAACGGGAAAAGACACCGGUAGUAGUAGAUAGAUUUUAUUAAACCAUCAGACCAACACUACCUAC